AUGUCAACACAAGUUAAUUUAAGACAGACAAAUAUAUCCACAAAAAAAACUAAAAAGAAGACUAGUAAUUCUAUUCGUCUACCAAGUUUAUACUGUAAAAUUCUUAUUAAAUCUGAAUUUGAUUAUCGACGUGAAGUACGUCGUAAAUUAGAUCGAAUUCAACAUGAUAAUCGUGAUAUAAUGCGUCGACAUUUUGCUAAUGAUCAUGUUUUUGCACAUGAUCUUUUAACAAAACGUCAUCAAUGGUUUACUAUUGAUAAAUCAUAUCGUGAUACAUGUAGAGUAAUGUGGAAUCGACAAGCAACAGAAUCAAACCGAACAAGUCAUUUAUUUUUACCCAGUAUUUAUCCAUCAGAAAAUUCUUCACCAACAAAAAUGACAUCGUUAUAUACUACUAAUAAUAAUAAUAAUACAAUUACAAGAGAAAAUUCAAUGAUAGCUAAUGAAAAAAUUCAUCAAGAUUUUUUAUAUAAACAACCAGUGAUGUUAGAAAUCUUAGGUGCACCACAUUCAUCACAAGUGUUAAAACAUAAACAAGAAGUAGAAUUAAGAAAACGAAGUGCUCAAAAACGACAUACUCAUAUUCAAACAACAGCAAAAGAUGAUAAUCGUUAUAGACAACUUGUUCAUUCAUUACAAGAAGCUUGA